GUAUUUUAAACACAAAAACACCGAAGAAGAGCAUGCAGGGUGGUUGGUGUUUUACAUGUGUCUGUGUGGUGGUGUAGCUAAUGACACUGGUCCAAACGCUGCCUGUAAUGGAUAACAUGCGAGCCCGCAUCCAUUAAAAUAUUGACCACAACGAGAAAGACUCCUGGCCAGAACACGACGAUCGUGUCUAUUAUAACGGGUUCAUCUCUGGAGGUUCGGGAUGGCGUUGGCUCUGUUCCGGCUGUGUCAGAGAGGCGGUGGUUUGCUGCUUGGCCGCGCUUUGUGCGCCGGGGUGGUACUAAACCCGCAGGUUCGGCACAGUUCCCGUUGCUAUCUGACCUUCCCACUGUCAGUGUGCGUCAGACUGGGCCAGAGCAGGGCAGUCCGUAGGUACAGUGAUUUGGUGGGGGAGGAGCAGGGACCCACCCCAGGGGAUUCUGAGGAGAACAGACUGAUACCCAACCCCGCCCUGACAGAACUGCCCUUCCCUAACCUCCCUGCAUCACAGGAGGGUCUAGACGGAGCUCCGCCCCUUUCGCCCUUCGAGGAGAUCUGCGAUGAGGAGGCGCUGCAGAUUGUAGCCCUGCCCCCUCUGCCACCCUCCGCCCCCUCCCUCAGAGAUUACGUCGACCAAUCAGAGACUCUCAGCACGCUGGUGCACUUAGGUGUGGACCUCUCGAAGCUGCAGGCUCGGCGGGGAGUGGGCUCCCUGCUGCUGCGUUUGGGGCUGAAGGAUCUCCAGGACAGGCUGCUGUUCCUCAGAGACCUGGGCCUGCAAGAGCCCCAGCUGGGCCCCCUCCUCACGCACAACCCCUUCAUCCUCACAGAGACCCUGCACAACCUACGCGCCAGGGUGUUGUAUCUGCAGUCAAAGCGGUUCCGCCUGGAGGACGUGGGCUCCAUGGUGAGCAGGGCUCCCUACCUCCUCAGCUUCAGUGUGCAGAGACUGGACAACAGGCUGGGCUUCUACCAGCGCCUGCUGCAGCUCAGUCCCCACAAGACUCGCGAUAUCGUGACUCGUCUUCCUCGCCUUCUGUGUGGCAGUCUGGAGCCGGUGAAGGAGAACCUGAAAGUGUGUGAGCUGGAGCUUGGGUUUCGCCCAAACGAAAUUCAGCACAUCGUCACGACGAUCCCCAAACUGCUGACAGCCAAUAAGAAGAGGCUGACGGAGACAUUCAACUAUGUCCACAACACGAUGGGCAUCUCUCAUGCGCUGAUCGUCAAAUUCCCCCAGGUGCUGAACAGCAGCCUGCUGUGCAUCCGGGAGAGACACCUGUUCCUCAGGUACUUGGGGAAGGCCCAGUACGAUCCAGCCCUGCCAGGCUACCUGCCUCUGGACCGCCUCGUGUCCCUCCCGGACCGGGAGUUCUGCUGCCAGCUGGCCUCGGCCUCCCUGCAGGACUUUGAGCUCUUCCAGAAGACACUGUAGUGGCCGACCGCUGGUCCUGCCCUGGGCUUCACACCGUAGCCUCUGGUCCUGACGUCUCAGGCUGCCCAGUUUAGAUGAGGCAUUUCAGUGGCCUUCUGCAGCCCAGAGAAUGUGUGUUACCAGCCAAGGGAUGUAAUCUGUUUGCACUGAUUGCAGAAAUCAGUGAGAGGGAACUGUUACUUUCAGACAAAGACAGGCAGAGUGACAUCUGGGGGCAGCUGAAAGAUGGAUAGCAAUAAAAUCAAAUGCUUACUAUUUGUCUCCGCUCUGCAGGGUAUGGUUCUGUGUACAAUGUAAUAUGUGAAAUAUUACUUUUUACAUUAAAGAAGUUUAAAAUGAAAAAUAA